GAUAACAAUGCGAUAUAUGGAAUUCGUGAUCGUGAGGUGGUAAUCGCAUGUUCGAUACAUGCAGGGUUGCACUUCGCAUGUUUAUCGAUAACUGAUCUACUGCGCUUCGCAUUCUUCUACUCUUAAUGCUGUUUUGUGUUUUUGUUUUGUUAUCUAUUAUUUUUUUCUUUGGUAAAUUCGUAAAAAAUUUAUCAACCUCAAGUGCAGUUCAAUCAAACGAAGAUCAUUAAAUUGCGCGUUCGUGUGUAUGUGUGAUUGAAUUAAAGAUACAGCAAUAUGGCAAUGGCAUUUCGCUUGUCCAAACACGAAACGAGCGUCAUUAGUGCAGAAGACACAUCGCUAGAACAUCUCGAUUCAAGUGUUGAAAUGCAAUCGCGGUCACCAUCGCCAGCACCGCUGGUGUUCAAUCCACGAAAGCUGCGCUUUGCCGACGAUGAUUUUGACAAGGAUCAUCCGCAGGAGAGUCCGCAAAAUAUUAAGAAGCGAUCACAGAGCACUGCCACCGCGCAUAGAGAUGUUGAUAUGUCGCCACCAUGUCAAAAAGUUCGUGCUCUGCGUCUGUUCAACACGCCGGCAACACCAAAAACCAUUCUACAGAAAUCUACAAGCAACUGCAAUCAUUUGUCGGCCGUGGCAGCGGCUGCAAAUGCUGCAGCAGCUCGCAAUGAGUUCUCCAAGAUUCCAGAUCGGCCGCGUUCAUUGCCUCUACACAACCAUCGCACGUUGCAGCCACAAGACACCGCUAAUGUGAAUCCCUUUACUCCAGACAGUCUUAUGGCACACAACAAGAAACGCUGCCGCACUCAAUUUGGUCGUGAGAAUCUCAAUGUUAGUACCGUGCAACGUUUUCUACUCGGGGAGCCCAACGACGAGGAUGCCACGUCUCAGGUGGCGGGCAGCGGUGGUUUUGGCAUCGAUGUGGUGCGAGAAAUCAACCAGCAGGCACCGAAAAGAUUGGCCCUACACGACACAAACAUCAGUCGCUUCAAGCGCGAGUUCAUGCAAGUAAGCGUCAUUGGUGUAGGUGAAUUUGGUGUAGUGUUUCAGUGCGUCAAUAGGCUGGAUGGUUGCAUCUAUGCUAUCAAGAAAAGCAAAAAGCCUGUGGCAGGCAGUUCCUUUGAAAAACGAGCUCUGAAUGAGGUUUGGGCUCAUGCCGUGCUUGGCAAGCAUGACAAUGUGGUGCGGUACUAUUCAGCCUGGGCGGAAGACGAUCAUAUGCUCAUACAAAAUGAAUUCUGUGAUGGUGGCAGCUUGCAGGCACGCAUCCAGGAUCACAGUCUGGGUGAAUCGGAGUUGAAAAUCCUGCUAAUGCAUGUAAUCGAAGGUCUGCGCUACAUACACUCUAAUGACCUGGUGCAUAUGGACAUCAAGCCCGAGAAUAUCUUCUCUACCAUGAAUCCAACGGCACACAAAUUAGGCAACAGUUGGGAAACGACACAUUUAAAUGCUGUUCGAGAUGAUGAUGGUAUGGAUAGCGUCUAUGAGGAACUGCGCAGUUCUGAGAAUCUUGUAACGUAUAAAAUUGGUGAUUUGGGACAUGUGACAUCUGUGAAUGAGCCUUAUGUGGAGGAGGGCGAUUGCCGCUAUUUGCCUAAGGAAAUCUUGCAGGAGGACUAUACUAAUCUGUUCAAAGCCGACAUUUUCUCACUGGGCAUCACGCUUUACGAGGUAGCUGGCGGCGGACCGUUGCCAAAAAAUGGGCCCGAAUGGCACAAGUUGCGUCAUGGCGAAGUGCCUGUGAUUCCCACUCUAAGCAAGGAUUUCAAUGAGUUGAUUGCGCAAAUGAUGCAUCCCGAACCCAAUGAAAGGCCCAGCUCUAUGUCCAUCUACAGUCAUCCCAUUUUGAGCGCUGUCGAUUCAAAGAGCAAACUGCAGCUUGGUCUGGAGCUGACAGUGGAGAAGCGCAAGAACGAGAUACUGAUGAAUAAAUUACGUGAAGCAAAGAAACAGAUAAAGCUGCUCGAACAGCGAGUCUCUGUGCUGGCAACAGCAAAUACGCCGGAACCACUUGAUGGUCAGCGGUGCCUGAGAUCUUUUACCAGACGCAUGCGCACGCCGUUUGGAUCGCAUGGCAAAUUUCCAAAUCUCGCGGAUCGCAACAAGAAUGUCAUUACCAAUGUUUAACGGCCAUGUAGUCGAUUUCUUUUUACUGAUUUCCCAAAACUUUACUCUUCCGUAUUACAAAGUGAACAAAGCUCACAUUCUUGUUAUCUUUAAGCAUCUUAUUAUGUAUCGUAGCUAUUAAGUUGUUGCAUUUUCUGGAUUCCCUCGAUAUCGUUUUGUGGGUCGCUUCUAGUACCUAAGUAUUUUCAUUUAAAUAUUCUAAAAGCAAAAAAGAACAAAGAAAAAAGAAAA